CAUGCACUACAUUUCUAAAUCCGUCUUAUCCUUCUAAGAUGGAGGCGAAGAAUUGUCAGGAAAGGAUACUUUCGCGGGUAUUUCACGUAUCUCUAACGACAGGGAUUGUCCUUAUUCUAAUGCUUAAAGAUACAGAACUUAGAAGAGCUUGUUUUGAUGGGAACUUGUUGCAUGUUGCCGCGUUCAUGUCGCUUUGUUUCAUCGGUUUUAUUUUCUACUUUGUGGCAAGUUGUAUGGAUCCUGGUUUUGCUGAAAUAAGUGACGAAAAAAGUAUAAUGGUUUCUUUUGAGAAAGCAGAACAUGAGUCAGAGAGCCAGUCAGAUGGAGAAGAAGGUACAGAAGAAUCCUGUAAAAUUUUAGCUACUCCUUCUUUUGGAGGUGCUAGAUUGCGGCGUUGUGGAUACUGUGCAAUAUUACAGCCACUGCGGGCCAAACAUUGUGAGGACUGUGGCCGUUGUGUGCGGAGAUAUGAUCACCACUGUCCCUGGCUUGGAAAUUGUGUGGGGGAAAGAAACCAUAGAUUUUUUUGGUGCUUUCUUCUGACUCAGUGUGUUCUAAUUGCAUGGGCCACUGAAAUAACAUGGUAUUCUUUUGUGUACAAGAAAGAGUGGUUAGCUUGGUUCCUUGCAAAUGUUUUCCUGAUUUUUGCAAUGUUUGUGCUGGGUCUUACUUUUAUUGUAGUUUUUCUUUUAUUCUGCUGCCAUUCCUAUUUAAUGGUGACUGCUCAGACUACCUGGGAGUAUAUGUCUCGAUCAAGAAUUUCAUACUUGAAGACACUCAGUGAAGAUGUGAAUCCAUUUGAUCAAGGAGUAUUUUGUAAUGUGUACAGUUUCCUGUGUAGAUGCAGAGUGCAAAAAUGGGAAGUACUGCUGCGACAGAGAGAUCGCUGGGCUUAGAGCCUAUUUGAUAUCGACUAUAAAUUUUUGUAAUUUAUUCUAAUCUAAAUUAGGAAUUUUUAUUUUUGCCAGUUUAAUUUGUACUUUUCCUUUCUAAUAUCUCAUCACUAUAAACCACAUGUUGUUACAUGCAUACUUUUAAAAGAACACUCAAAGGUGCAACCAUGGUUUCCAUGGCUAGCAGAAAAGAAUUUGCCACUAAAUUUGUAGUUAUAGUUGCUAAUUUGGCAAAAUGUGAAUGGUUGUGAAAUACCAAGCUGAAAAAAUUUUUUCUUCUCAAUGAUCAUAGCCUAAAUGUGAACUAAAGACAAAAGUCUUCAUGGAGGAUGACAUAAUUUGGCACAAAAUGUUCCUUUUGGUGUUUCUGUUUCUUUUUUUUUUUAUUUUGCUGGACAUUAAAACUUUACUUUUGGCAAUCACUUCAUGAUUUUAGCUCACCAAAUGGUGAUUUUAAAACAGUUGAUCCACAAGCCCUGAGAGGACACUACAGUACAUUAAAUCAUAAUGAACAGAAGUGAUAAAAAUGCAGCUCAGCAAUUUAGAUAUGAUAUCCACUGAAGAAGUUAUUAUGAUGCACAAACUUAUCCCAAGGAGGGACUUAUUUUGAAAGAACACCAACUUCUCCAAUCUAUGGCACCAGAAAAUGUAUAGACAGUACAAGAAAGAAUGAAUCACUACGACUUGGAUGUUAAAGGUUUCUAGACAUUUGCCAUGUCUAUCAAUAACCAUAAAACCAUUAUAGUAAAGUUUAUUUUCAUACAGGUCACAUAUCUUGCAUUAUGUAUGUUUUGCAUUUAUGUAUCAUGAUAUUCACUUGUGUCAAUAUUUAAUUUCUUGAAUAGACAUUAUGCAGUUUCAGAAAAUACCUGUAAUGUUGUCCAUGUUACACUAAAGACAUUUGUUUAUGUGACAAGGUCCCAUAGGGUUCUAUUUACAGGUAUUUUCUGUAUUGCUCAUUUUGCUGAUAUCUGAUAUGUUAACUAGAGGGUAGUAGGUGCAUAACAUGUCUGAUUCUAAAAUUGACUUACCCAACCUCUUAACUUCCUGAAAAGGAAUUUCUCUUUACAAUAUUAAUACAUAAUCAUGCAGAAAGGUGAUGAGAAGAAGAAGAAAUAAUUUAGGGAGAUUGCUUAACUGAAAACCAAGUAUUCACGGCCAGAAUUUUGUAAACUCUAUGACAGAUUGUGUAAAGAAUUGAUAUUCAUAUCAUGGGAAAUCAAGGGUCUAGGGUCCGUUUCUUGAAAGUCCUGAAGUCCUGCUAACUUGACAGGCCCGUAAAGCUGUUCUGUUUUCAAUCAAGAUGGGGAAUUCAACAGUUUUGAAAAUGAUGCAAUAAAAUGAUCA